AUGAGUGAACAACAACAGCAAGUCCCAAUUGAAAACCCAGAGGCGCAACAACAACAACAACAACAACAACAGCAACAACAGCAACAGCAACCUCAACAACCACAAGAUAACGUUAUUCCAGCUAACGCUACACAAGGUGGUAGAACUGCUUCUGAUAAGAUUUUGUAUGUUGGUAAUUUGGCUAAGACUAUCGAUGAAGAGCAAUUGAAACAAUAUUUCCAAGUUGGUGGUAAAGUUGCUUCUGCCAAGAUUAUUAUUGACAAGAACAAUCAUCGCGUUAACUAUGGUUUUGUUGAAUUCUUCAAUGCUAAUGAUGCUAGUAUUGCAUUAGCUAACAUGAAUGGACAAGCCAUCAAUGGUUAUAAGAUUAAAGUCAACAACGCCUUUCAAACCGCUCCAACAGCUGGUGUUGAUGAUGCCUUCAAUUUAUUUGUCGGUGACUUGAACAUUAAUGUUGAUGACAAGGGUUUGGCCGAUUGUUUCUCUCCAUUAGAAGGUUUUAUUUCUGCACAUGUUAUGUGGGAUAUGCAAACUGGUAGAUCCAGAGGAUAUGGUUUUGUCUCUUUUCUAUCCAGGGAACAAGCUGAAAAGGCUUUGGAAUUGAAACAAGGUACUGUCUUAAAUGGUAGGGCCAUUAGAUUGAACUACGCUGCUAAGAAGCAACCUCAGCAACAAUUCAAUAACAAUAUGAAUAAUAAUAAUAUUAAUCGUGGUUAUAGAAACCAACAACCGCAACCAUUGAUUCCACCUCCAGUUGACCCAAGAGCUGUAGAGGAAGUCAUUAGAAGUCCACCUUUUAGAGUCACUACUGCCUAUGUUGGUAAUAUUCCAAGAGCCAUGAAUCAAGACGAGUUGAUCAUGUUGUUACAAAACUUUGGUCAAAUCUUGGACUUUAAGUUUUAUGCAGACAAAGGUAACUGCUUUGUUAGAUUUGAUACUAGAGAACAAGCUGCUUUGUGUAUUGUAGCUUUGGGUUCCGGUUUUACCUUAAGAGGUAGACCAUUAAGAACUGGUUGGGGUAAAGAACAACAACAACCUCAACCACAACAGAUUCCAGCCCAAUAUGUCCAACAGCAAGAUGGUUUACCAAUACAAUUUCAACAAGGUCAAUUUCCACAAGGUCAAAUGCCACAAUUUGAUCCACAACAACCAGUCUUUAACCAACAAUGA